CAUCAGUAGGAGGGCGGUUGGCGCGUUUGGGGGUGGUGCUGUUGUGUUUCUGUGUUGUCCCCCCUCCACCUCUUCCUCCUCCUCACUGCUGCUGUUCAGCGGAGGAUGGCGGAGGCAGUCCCUGUCCAGCGAGACUCAUUCGGCUGCAGUUUACAGCUCGCUCCACUCCUUCAGGCGCUCCACUGCUCCUGCCAGAUAUCCAGUAGCAUUCUGGGAUCGGGUAAGGUGGAGAGCCGUGGUUCGCUCUCUCGUGUCCCCAGUACCGUCUCGCAAACCUCUACAGGAUUAGGAAUGGAGAGCAGUCAACCAAUCAGCAUCACAGACCCAAGUUCACGCCGAAAGAAGAAACGCAGAAGAGCCGGAGACAGUUUCACAGGCAAAUUUUGUGAUCUAUACAGGCUGACGGAUGAGCUGCUGGGUCAGGGAGCUUAUGCCAAAGUCCAGGGCUGUGUGAGUUUACAAAAUGGCACGGAGUAUGCGGUAAAGAUAAUCGAGAAGAAUGCUGGUCACAGUCGCAGCCGAGUUUUUAGAGAGGUGGAGACGCUUUACCAGUGUCAAGGAAACAAGAACAUUCUGGAGCUGAUUCAGUUUUUUGAAGAUGACAGCUGCUUUUAUCUGGUGUUUGAGAAGUUACGUGGAGGUUCCAUUUUGACACACAUCCAGAGUCGAAAAUACUUCGACGAGAGAGAAGCGAGUCGUGUGGUCAGGGAUAUAGCAAAUGCACUAGACUUUCUGCACAACAAAGGUAAACAUUGUAUGUGUACUCUACAGCCUACUAACCAUGAAUCAGCAUCAGUCUGUUUAUUUACACUUGUCUCUAUUUUUCCCACAGGAAUCGCCCACCGUGAUCUUAAGCCUGAAAAUAUCCUCUGUGAAUAUACUGAUAAGGUUUCCCCUGUGAAGAUCUGUGAUUUUGAUCUUGGCAGUGGAGUAAAGCUGAACAGUGCCUGUACCCCAAUUACCACCCCUGAGCUCACCACACCGUGUGGCUCAGCAGAGUACAUGGCUCCUGAGGUGGUGGAGGUCUUCACGGACGAAGCUUCAUUCUAUGAUAAGCGAUGUGACCUCUGGAGCCUCGGGGUCAUUCUCUACAUCCUGCUUAGCGGGAGUCCGCCAUUUACUGGCCAUUGUGGCACCAACUGUGGCUGGGAACGAGGAGAAACAUGUCGUUCCUGCCAGAAUAAUCUGUUUGAGAGGAUUCAGGAGGGAAAGUAUGAGUUCAGCGAUGGAGUCUGGACACAGAUAUCAGCUGAUGCCAAAGAUCUGAUCUCGCGGCUACUGGUGCGAGAUGCCACUUUACGGCUAAGUGCCGCUCAGGUCCUGCAGCAUCCCUGGGUGCAGGGGAAUGCACCUGAAAGAGUUCUUCCAACUCCUCGUGUUCUACAAAGAAACUGCAGCACUAAAGAUCUGACGCAGUUUGCAGCUGAAGCCAUCGCGUUUAACCGGCAGCUGUCGCAACAGGAAGAAGAGCAGGAAGACUUUGGCGCUGUCGUCUGCUCCAUGAGGCUUUCUCCGCCUUCUAACUCUAGACUUGCCCGUCGUCGAGCACAGUCUCAAGCACUACGCAACAAUACCUGAAGUCAACCCGCUGCACAGGUGCAUUAUAACCGUUCAGACACUUCAGAAACACACAAAUGCGCAUGCACCAGGUACUACCAGACUAACCUUAUGUGUACUAAACCAUGCACACGUCUUUAAUUCAUUUCGCAGGUCUGCUUGGUCGUCUUUCUGUUCACCUAUUGUGGGUUUGGUAUCAGAAUGUUUAUAAUUAUCGUCAUAUAUUUAUGGCUGGUGGUGAUUGUUAGUCAGAUAUAAAAAAGUGCUCGGCUAUGUGGGAGGGAAUAGACCAUUUUAUUUUAAUGUAACGAUGACAUUCGCAUCGCUUUUAAAUGUAAGUUAGCGUUUCUAUUCUUAAAACAAGUUUUAUUAUUUUUAAAAACCACUUUAGUUACUGUGAAGCACUGGACCUCUUGCUCUGUCACUUUUUUUACUUUUAUUUUUUUACAAUAUUUAAGCAGUUGUAAGUAUUAAAUAAUUUUUUGCUUUAUUUUCGCUAUGUACUGUAAAGCCAUGCUGCCUGACAGUAACAUACCAUAGAAUUGCGUAUUAUUAUGAGAGGUACGAUGAGGUAUUAUAGAUAUUUGACUUGUUACUUUUUAGCUUAAACUGUAUUUAUUGCAUAGUAUAUUUUUGUCAUUUCAGAUGAUUAUAUAUUUCUUUUAAUGUAUUUUUUUUGCAUUAUUUUCUUGUCAAUGUGAAGUAUUUUUUUAUGCAUGAGGGCAAAGAACAUAUUCGGUAAUGAGAUAGAUUAAGUUUUAAUUUUUUGAUUUGCAUUCAGUGGAAAUUGUGCCAUUUUCAGGCUUGGGGGCAGAGCUCCUGAUGUGCAAAAUAACUAAAUUACCUCUCAAAAUUGCCUUUUGUAUUAUCAAAUCGAGUUAUUUUUCCUGUUAUUUGUUGCAGAUUGAGCUGAGAUGAAAUGGUAAGAAUUUAGUGAUUGUCCAUGUAUUAUUUAUUUCUGUACCUUCAUGAGAAUUUGUUAGUAUACAUUUCUUGUACCAGGGAUGACACUAGAGGGCGCUACCUCAUAUUAAUGCCCAUGUUCUCAGCACUCAGCCAGUAUGAUACUGAUGGAGUAUCUCAGUCUACGUUCAGGAAUGGUGUAAAUUGAAUGGCCAUUUAACCCCUAAUAAACUCUGGGACAGAUUGUGGGGCAGGGGUGUUCAUUUGGUUUUCCAAUUUUGAGAAAUAAAGCAAUUUGCACUGAACCAAGAA